CUUUCAUAAAGAUUACGCGAGGGUACAUUAUCUAAUCUAUUCCGAUCAACGGGCCGAGGGCUGUGCCAUUUUUCUGCUUGCUUCUUUUUCGCUCAUAUGGGUAUCGAGACACACUGACCGAGCGCAGAGCCAGGAAUGUGAUGCACCUGCACAACUUUCCAUCCUGCGCAUGCGGCCAACGCAACGAACUGCGGCAAUGUUCGUUCCUGACUGUUUCCAAGUACGAACAUCUGCGAGACGCGUCAUUCCCCUGGUCCCGACGUCUGCUCCGUCAUCUCUCACCUGCAUGUCCAGCCAGUACUUCAUGUUAUUUGCUGCUCCCAUGUUCGGCAGCAGCGGGCCCGGUGCAGAUGGAGUGAAUGCCCCUGGUAUGUCGUAGUGCGAAUCCUGCUCAUCAUCGAUGCAGGUAUGAGGCAUGAGGAUAUCAACGGUGACGAGUUUCGUGCUACUUGUCGCUGCCUCGCGCAAGUUCUGGAGGAUCUCCCACGCUUUAGUGUCGUCGUAAUCGUGCAUGAUCCAGCGCAACAAGAACACGUCUGCGUCGCGAAUGGGCUGGGCGGAGAAGAAGUCGUGCUCCUGCAGCCUCACGCGGCCGCUUGCGAUCAUCUCGUAAGGCCAGUACUACAGGACGCUCUUCAGCACGCUGCAAUCACGGAUUAACACAAGCGAGCGAACCUUGUGCGCGACGGAGAUGACGGAGGUGCGGUCCUGCACCACGAGAUUCAGGUGGGGGACGUUCUUCGCGAUGAUGAGAGAAGUCGCGCCGACUCCGCCGCCGACGUCGACGACUGUUGCGCUCACGGGCAGCUUCGUCCAGUCAAACCCAGCGAGUAUCGCAGCGGGGGGCUCCAGACGGGUGCUGCAUGCCAUCGCCGAGGAAAACCGGACCUUGAGGUGCGCCUUCUUCGGCUUGUCAUAGUAGUCGAAGAUGAACAUGUUUGUCUGGAACGCAAUGUUCCAUGGAGAAUCGGUCGCUUGAGUUGAAUGCGCGGUGCAUGGAGACAGGAAUGCUUCGGUAAGGAACGCGGAGGACUUGAGCCCUUCGUCCGCGCUGCAAAGUGUGAGUGCCCCUCGCCACAAGACUAACGUAGGGAACUGACUGCAUAACUACUAGUGCGGCGACUCCAGAUGAGUUUUCGUACCGGGCCUGCGGACUGGAAUUUGGAGUGAGUCUAAUACGACUUGCCGGAAUCAAGCACUGACGAUAAUCGAUUCGCACAGAAAACAUCCCGUCGAAUUUCCCGAAAAAUGUGGUGAUUUGCAAGGAGGCGGAGAAUGCGGCCUUUGAGCAUGUAAAUUCGUCAUCUCCCUGCUAUGAGAAUCACGGACCCAGUUUCUGCGGGGAAGUCCCAUUGAUCCUUGCGAUGUCAUGUAUAUGGAUGCCCUGAUAUCCGUAUUCAUAUAUGCUCACUGGAAAGACUGUUCGUACACACAUACCUUGGGCCCAGCUCUUCCCACAAUCUCGACGACGUUGCUCUCGAUUGCUGCACGCAAACACGAUGGAAGGUGGUACUUGUGAUAUAUUCUCUACCGGCGUCCGGACCAUCGCUAUCAUCUGCGAGGCCGCCGCCACGAUUUGUGACACCGCGGAGAGCAUGUCCGUUUCACGAAGGACGGAUUCUGCCUCUGUGUGCGGGUCGAAUGGGGUCGCGAGACUGGGAAACGCCAGGUUUCUCGAUGCGAGACGGGUCUCUAUGCUGUUCACGGAGUUGAGCAGAAGGUCGGCGAGCGUUCUGAGUUGGGAUUUCGUAGCCAUGACUGUGAACAAUAGAGUAUCUCUCGGGCUGAGAAUUUAUACCAGACUGGGUCGCAGAUUAACCGAAUUCUGAUUCAUAUCGCAAAUGAAGUGUCGUGCUUGCGAAGGAGGGAACUGAAGAUCCCACGGUGUCUUCUCCCGUGCAAGAUCGAGGACGAGAUCGCCUCUGACCAGCCUUUGCGACCCACACACGAGGGAUCUCACAAGACAGGAGAUCAUUCGCUCCGUGUCAAAGCUAGGACAUCGAACGAUAAGCUCGCCGCCCACUCAGGCUUCAAUCGGAAAUUCAAUCGUCAGGCUUUGAGCUGUGAGAAGAGACUUGUGAUGUUAUUGAAAGGGCCCGCUAGAAUAGGUCUUGUUUUUG